AGCACUAACCUUAACCCCUAACCAUUCUUCCUAUAAACAUUUCCAAUUAAUGCCAUACAUUUUUCCUCAAAUUAAUAACAAUAUUGUUCUUCCAUCACACGCACAGAUACAGCAGCAGCCAAACAUGGCUCAGACAAUGCUGCUCACUGCAAAUGUAUCCGGCCAUGUCAAAGGGGAGCAACUCCUGAUUCAUACACUCAAACCAAAGCCCUUUUCUCACUUUCUUUUGCCCCCAAGAACAAGAACCACAUCAUCAUCCCAUUUACCUUCAUCCACAACUGUUGCUCUUUUCAAGUCGAAAACAAAGGCCCCUCCUGCUAAGAAAGUUGUGGAGAAGCCAAAGGUGGAAGAUGGCAUCUUCGGGACAUCCGGAGGAAUUGGUUUUACCAAGCAGAAUGAGCUCUUUGUGGGUCGUGUUGCCAUGAUUGGUUUUGCGGCAUCCUUACUGGGAGAAGCUAUUACAGGGAAGGGAAUUCUAGCACAACUGAACUUAGAAACUGGAAUCCCAAUCUAUGAGGCUGAGCCCCUUCUUCUAUUCUUCAUCCUUUUCAACCUUCUUGGAGCCAUCGGAGCACUGGGAGACCGUGGCCGGUUCGUCGACGAGCCAACCGGACUCGAAAAGGCUGUUAUACCCCCUGGAAAGGGCUUCAGAGCUGCUUUGGGUCUUGGAGAUGGCCCUUUAUUCGGAUUCACAAAAGCAAACGAGCUGUUUGUUGGCCGAUUGGCCCAACUCGGGAUAGCAUUCUCAAUCAUCGGAGAGAUUGUCACUGGAAAAGGAGCUCUAGCUCAGCUGAAUAUCGAGACGGGAGUCCCCAUCAACGAGAUCGAACCCCUUCUGUUGUUCAACAUACUCUUCUUCUUCGUAGCUGCCAUUAACCCUGGAACUGGAAAGUUCGUGACCGAUGAGGAAGAAGAUUGAAUAAUGUAAAUGUAUGAGCAUUUUCCAUUUCUUAGUUAAGAAAAUAAAAGAGAAAUGCUUAAUUUCAUUCAUGGAGAUCUGAUCUUUGUUAGUUAGUAUGGAUGACAAGGUUUAGGUCAUGUUCUACAUUUUUCUAUGUGGCCAAAAGUGUGUUAGCCAUAUGCUAUGAGUGUGGUUGAGAAUUGUAGGAAUGUUUGUGAUGGUGACCUAUCCAGGGAAAUAUUAGUGUGGUGGGAUUUAAUUUCUAA